AUGUCAGUCCCCGUCGUCCUCCUCCGCUCGCCGUCCACCGACGGCCCCGACCCCUACGAAACCGCGCUGCACUCGAAGGGGUACGCCGCCCUCUCCGUCCCCGUCCUCGAAACCACCCACGUCCACCUGUCCGAGCUCAAACGCAUCGUGCGCGGAGGCCCCGCCCGGCACGCCCUGAGCGGCGUGAUCAUCACCAGCGCGCGCUCCUGCGCGGCCUGGCGAACCGUCGUCGAAGAGCUGGUGCACGACUCAGACUGUUCGGAACUCCCAGCGGCAGCUUCUGAGUCCUGGGCGGCCACGCCCUUCUACGUCGUCGGGCACCGCACCGCGUCGUCACUCCUCGAUAUCUCGAAAGCCUACGGCGGGCUCUACGCGCCCCGCGAUGUACGGGGCGCCGAGGAAUCCGGUACCGCGGAGGCUCUCGCGCGGUUUAUACUGCGAGACCUGCCCCCCGAUGGUGCAUCUAGGAAAUUGCUCUACCUAACUGGGGACAAGAAUCGUGAUACGCUGCCCAACAUCCUGAGAGGGGGCGGCGUGGAGCUGCACACUCUGCAGGUAUACGGCACGCAGGGAUCUACCACGUUCGAGCGUGAUUUGCUCAGCGCUAUCGAGCCUUUCCCAGUUGAUUCCCGAUGGUGGAUCGUCUAUUUCGCACCAUCCGCUGCAGAGUUCGCCACCCCCACACUCAGGAAAUACUUCCACCUCCCACAGGUUGACGGCCCAACAGCGCCUGCGAACGAGCGGGCUGCCAGGAUAGCUGCUAUCGGGCCGACGACUGCCAACUUCCUCCGCGACGAGCUGAGGAUCCUCGUUCAUGCUGUGCCAGCCAAGCCUAACCCGGACGAGUUGGCUCUUAAGCUCGAGGCGGCUGAUAGUUUGCUCGGGUAGCAGUGCCUACAUCCAACUAUUCAUCGCGAGUAAUACACAUGUCUCUAAAGCAGUCCGAGAUGUAAGAGUACAUACAAUCAUGCAGUCCAAUCGUACCCGUAGAUCAUCCCAAACGCCCAGUAAAUACCCAGAACAAACCCACCCAGCCCGUUCUUCCUCUUCAAACCUCAAUUCCAUCCCCGGGACACAACAACCCAUCUAAACUCUCCAACCCCAAAUACCCCACCCCGACAGGACGGUACACCUCCAGCGUCCCCUCUAAAAACCCGUCCAUAUCAAACUCCCGCCUCACCCCGCCCUGCUCGACCACCUCCAGCGUCCCCAGCCUUGAAAGACUCAUCUCCC